AAAUAAGUAGUUGAAUACAUAGAAUUUUCUGAAUAGCCCUUAGAUGAAAAUAUGUUAUUCAUUUCAUUGCUUCUUUGGUUGAUUGAAUUGAACAUGGGCUUUCAUUCCGCUUUCAUAUAAUUGAACGCUCAUAAUUUAAAUGACAGCGAACGUGUAAAAUGGAGCGAAUUGGCAAGCCAUACAUACAUUUUGAGUGACAGCGUAAUCGAGCCCAAAAUAUAUUUCCGGUUGGAAAGUGUAUUCCUAUUAUUUCUUCUAAAAUCCCGAUUAGAUAUCUAAUCGUUAUCAUCCGGAAUAUAUGCUGAUAUCAUAUGGUAGAUAUAAACAUAAGAAUUAAGAUGGGGAUAUUCGGAGCUACAUCAGUCGUUAUUCUACCAGAAUUUAUAAACAAACUCCCGAUCCUCAACAAAGAGGAAUUAAUUUUGAAUGCUGCUGCUCAAAGAAAAGUCAUCAUGUCAAAAAGUGCUAAUCAUAUAAUACUCCAAGGAUCCUGGACUGAUAUGCAGUCGUUACACAUCUUUCUUGAACAAUACGUAGGUGUCAUGACAUCACAAUUUGACAGUGAUCCCUCUAUUAUCUCAACUCAACGGGAUGAUGUUGAGCGACUGAAUGCCAUUGCAGAUGCAUGUCCUUAUCAGGAUAUGGACACUGAUGUCAAUAGCAUUUGUUAUGGUGAACCUGCGAAACUUAAAUCAAAUCAUGACAUUGAUACAUCCGAUAUGAAGCCAUGUAUUGAGAACAUGAAAGAACAUAAUUAUGCUGAUACAGGAAGUGACAAUACCAUCAUUGAUGAAGCAGAAACAGAAAGAACAAAUACUGAUAGCAUCCAGAAAUACAAAAUCAUUGUUUAUGAUGAUGAUAACUAUAUUGAUACAGCUGAAGUGAAACCCUGUAAUCUUAACAUUGGUGAACCUGAAAAAAUAAAUCUGAAUGUUGAAACUGAUACGGCUUACCUUUGUAAUGACAACCUGACUAAAGAUGCUGAAAACAAAGAAAGUGAAGGUACACUAACCGAUGAUACAAUUGUUACUACUACUGACAGAGAUCCAGAAUAUAAACCCUCGAAACGUACAAAAACAUUACGCCAGUUCCACAAAAAAACGUCAAAUAUGACUUUAAGGAAAAAUAGGAAAAGUAGAUCAAAUUACAAAAGGAAACCGAAGAAAAUCCAUAAAUGUGAUAAGUGUGACUAUCAUAGCUUAGAUCCUCAGGGAUUACGUCAUCAUACAGCGCGUAUGCACUGUGAUGAACGUAAUCAAAAAUGCGAUCAAUGUGACAAAGCAUUCGCUGUGAAGCAUGACUUGCAACGACAUGUACGACAAUCUCAUACAGAUAUAAAAAACAUGUGUAUAUAUUGCUCUAAGACAUUUAAACUACAAAGAAGCUUAAAGCACCACUUAAAAACACAUGAGGUUGGUUAUAUUCCUGAGAAACACUAUUGUGAAAUUUGCUGUAAAACAUUCAGCACUAAGUUUACAUUAGUAAACCAUGUAAAGGCUGAACAUGAAGGCAAAAGGGAGAUGCAUCAAUGUGAUCAGUGCGAUAAAUUGUUCACUCAGAAAGGUCAUGUUCGAUUACAUAUAAAAGCAGUACAUAACCUUAUUAAGGAUUACAAAUGUGAUGUGUGUGGGAAAGUUUUUGCAUAUUAUUCAAGUCUCCAGAAGCACAAAGUGCUGCAUGCAGAAAUCAGGAGCAGCUGUGUUUGUAGUAUAUGUGGAAAAACACUUAGUGGACAUGACUCCUUAGUGCACCACAUGAAAAUCCACCAGCCUGGAAAAUUUGUGUGUUCGCAUGAAGGUUGUGGAAAGAGAUUUGUCCAGAGCCAGGCCUUGAAACGCCACACAAGAACCCAUACAGGAGAAAGACCAUUUCUGUGCCAGUUAUGUGGCAAAGGUUUUAAUGAUAAUUCAAUACUUCGUCGUCAUAUGAUAGGAUUUCAUAAUCGUUCGAAAACAUCGUGGAAUGAUUCUGAACAAGGGUCACAGGUUCCCGCUAGAAAUGCAAGGAUUAAACGUAUUAGCGAAAUUGAAGCUGAAAAAAACUCUGAAAAGUAUACUGAAUCUGAUACAAAAGCUGUUACCUUGACAACGGGUGAUGCUUCUAAAGAGGAUAUUUCCCUGUAUCACUCAGCCCCCGGCCUACAUUUACUUUCACAAGCAACAGAAGCUGCCCAUCCUCUCUUGCAUAAUACAGAUGGCUCUAAAAGCAAGAAUUUAUUGGAGGUAGAGCAAAAAGACCCCCUCAGUCAACAGCAAGAGACAAAUAUUUCACUGGGUCCACCAAAUAGUGCUGCAGGACAAAGUAGUGCACAGGGGGUACUGCUAGAUGGGAUAGGAACUCCCUGGGGUGUUGAUUUACAAAAGGAAAUGAACAUGGUGGUACACCCAAUCCAAAAUUACAAUGUUGAUGGAAAUAACAAACAAGACUCUACACCAAAUGAGAAAAACCAGGAUGAAAAAUCUUUGUAAAACAAUUUACAUAGUUUUAUAGUUUAUGAUGCCAUUGGCCAAUUUAUUUACUUAGACUAUUUAUCCCAUGAACACAGUCAAAGAAUAUGGAGAAUAUCAUCUUUUUUGUCUGACCAUUCUUCAACUUCUAUCCAUUUGUAAGAGUCUAAUAACUUAAAUACAGUAAAGCCUGUUUAUAUUGAACAUUUUUUGUCAAAAAAAAAUUCUAUGUUGGUAGGUGUUCACUAAGACAGGAUUUACUGUACUAGGCUAGAUUACUGUUCAUUACUGUAGAUUGGGUUAAUUUGUCGCCCUCUUGAAUUUGGUGAAAUUGAAAAACUGCCAAUUUACAUCUUCGCCAAAGUUUAAAAAGGAUUCCCAGGAAUUUCAUUGUAUGAUAAGUCACUUCUAAAUUAGCUCAAGGGCGUUGCUUGAACAAUGAAUUACAAGAUAUA